GGGGGCGCGCAGGGCGAGCCGGAAGGAGGGGGCGAGGAUGCCGCGGGGCUCCCCACGCCGCCCCCACAGCACGCGCCAACUUCCCCUCCCGCCUCACCCUCCGGACACCCCCGGUCCACCGACGUGAGGGAUAGCCACCGCCGCGCGCCCCUCCGGCCGCCCCCGCCCGCGUCCCGUGCCCCUCCUCCAGCCCUCCCCGCUCGGGCUCCUCCACGAAACCUUCGAUCACGCUCGGAAAGAAUGUGCUACAACCUCGGCGCGGCCGCGGCCGCCACCACCGCGCCCGCGCCGGAGCCCGAGCCGGAGCCGCCGCUCCCCCGCCUGCCCGGUCGGCCCCGGGCUCGCCACGCGCUGUCCCCGCCGCCGCCCCGCGCUCGCCCCGCACUUGACGCAGUGAGCGCCGCAGCCCGGCUCCCGCCGGCUCCGCUUCUCUCCCCGUCGCAGGCCGAGCCCAGCCCGGCGGGCUCCGGGAGCGGCGGGCAGGGCGCUAGGGGGAGGAGAGCUGUCUGGAGCCAGCGAGGCCGGAGGAGGAAAAGCUGGAGGAAGGAGGGGAAGCCGCCGCCGCCGCCGCCGCCGCGCUCCGGGGACCUGGGCGCGCGCGCUCCUCUCGCCCGUGACCGUGCCUCCGGCCCCUGGCCCGCACCCCGGCCCAGCAGGACCGGCUGGAGCUGGAGGACGCCCGGGCCGAUGGGGAAGGAGGCCCCGGUUCCGGCAGGACGCCGGCAGACGGCGAGAGGCGGCUGGCCGUGAGGGAGGCGCUCCCCCCCCCCACCCCAGCACUCGGGCCGCCCGGCCAUGCGGCUCGGCCCAGUACUCCCCUGAGAGUGCGGGCGCCCUCCCCUCCCGCCCCUCCCGCCCCCUGGGGGCUGCCGCC